UUACAAUUUGCUUGCGGGUUUCCCCAGGAAUAGCGCGGCGAACGCGGCCCUUGAUUUGUUUGCGUGGCGCACUGCGCAUCGUGGCCAGUGAUUCGGCGCUGAGAUAUCUGACACGUGGGCUAUGCCAAAGGAAGGAGAGAUUAUUACGUACAUCAAAGAGGCGACAAUAGAUAAAUCCUAUCAAACGAAUCUUUUGCCUGCCGUAACAGUAAUAAUCUCUCCAGUUAUGGCACAAUGAAUUCCUCCCUGGCCCAAUGAGACAAAGCUGUACCUACCAGGGUUUCCCUCCAGUGUAGUUAUUUGCUUGAAUUUUGAGGUGUGUUUUAAACUAACAGUGUACCUACCCAUGAUUGAUCCUGUUUUAUUAUGUUGUAGUUGGCACUAACUGUGGCACAUGACUAACAUGAACUGAUAGUGUAGAUUUAGAACAGAAUUUUGUUGAAUCCUACCUACCUCGUCGUUCCAAUUACCUGCACACCAUGGAUCCGACUGAUGAUCAAGAGCGUGUUGUCACAAGGCCCGCCCAGGCACUGAAAAUGACUGAGAAGGGUUACCAGUACCAUAAGGAGUUGAAGCUGAAGAUGUUCAGACAAAUGCUGAUCAAGCUGGAGAAAGACGGAAAGAUGCUUCUGGAUGAUCUGACAUCUGAAGAUGAUGAAGACAGGAUGCAGCAAACAGUUGCAAAGAUCUCCAGAUGGCAGCACACUUACAUUAGACUGAAACAGACAGAUGGUGACCUGCGUACUCUUCUGGGAGGAGAUUAUGAUGAGCACAGGACAACGUAUGAGCAGAAACUGAUAGAGUUGGAGGUCAUGAGAGCAACAAUUGAAUCUCUGACACCAGCCCAAGGAGAGGAUGUCAACCAAAAGAAGGCAAAGGAUCAAGAUGAAUGUUCAUCUACGAGGAGCGGGUCAUCAAGAUCAGGAAUGUCAAUGAGAGCCCAGCUGUACAUGUUGAAAGUAAAAGAAAGCCAAAGCACAGUGGAGCUCAAGACAAGAGCAGCUGCUCUUGAGGAGAAGUGCCAGCUGGAAAGAGAAAUGAAAAUGAUGGAAACCCAAAUGCAAGAACUGAAGUGGAAAGAAGAACGACACAAACUGAACACUGAACUGAAGAUUCAGCAAGCAAAGACAGAAGUGAUUGAGAAUAUGGAAAGGGAGAUUGACACAUCAUUUCUGACACCACAAGAAGUUGGAGAUGGUAGCCUGCAGACAAGGAAGGUGAACCAGGUCAGUACGGGAGAAUGUACUACUGAUUGUCAUGAAGCAAACACAGACAUGACAAACUGUGCCAACCCGCAGCUGACCGCAGUUGAACCAUCUCCACCCCCAGGUCCUGAGCCAGCAACUGGACCAGUGACUGUGUCUGUGUUGACUGAGCUUCUUUCUCAGCAGGCUCAGAGAGAUCGUCUGCCUCAGAUUGAGCCAAGCGUCUUCAGAGGCGACCACACGACAUUCCACAUGUGGCUGAAGGCUUUCGAAGCCUACAUUGAGGCCAGAUGCUCGUCACCAAGUGAACGACUCCAUUACUUGGGACACUACACUGCUGGAGAUGCUCGGAACUCCAUUCUCGGUUUCCUACAGCUGAGCUCAGAGGACGCAUACAUGCAGGCCAAGAAACGACUGACAGACCGAUAUGGCAAUGCCUUCAUCACUGCCAAUGAGUUCAAGAAGAGGUUGUACAAGUGGCCAGAGGUGAAGGCAGGAGACAGUAAGUCACUCACUGAACUGGCUGACUUUCUUGAACAGUGUUUGAUGGUUUCAAACUCCAUGCAAGAGCUGAAGAUGUUUGAAGGCAUGCAUGAUAUUGACAUGGUCAUCAGAAAACUGCCAAGGUACAUGAGUGACAGUUGGAGACGGGUGGUGGACAGGUGGAUACAUGAGCCUGAAGAUGGUGCCAUGCCUCAGUAUCCUCCCUUCUCACAGUUCGUCUCUUUCAUGAGCAAGGAGGCAAGAGUCUCUUCUGGUCCUGUGACGUCACGGAAUCGAGAAGAAGACAGGAAGAGACCACCGACAAAGAAGGAAAGAAACACACAUGUGCUUCUUACAUCUGUGCCGGUGAAUCAGAGACAGGAAAACCUGCAGCUUCAGCAGCAGCACUGCGUCAUCUGUAAGGACGAUCACUCCAUGGAUCAGUGUGCAGCGUUCAUGAGGAUGUCCUUGAAGGAGCGGCAGGAGCUCGUUCGGCAACGAGGACUGUGUGGAGGCUGCCUGAGACGAGGCCACAGGUGGAAAGAGUGCAGAAGGAAGCAGCAGUGCGAGAAGUGCAAAAGACUGCACCCUACUCUACUGCACGAUGAGAGCCUUCUGAAGCAAAGCAGGACGGCUUCUGCUUCAACAGGAACCCAGACGACGGCCACGUCGCUCCAUGUCACCUCCAGUGACACGAGAAGUGUGAGGCUGAAGUGCACACACUCGAUGCUGGUGCCCGUCCAGCUUGAGCAUCGAGACUGUCCAACCAGCAAAGAGAUCGUGUACGCGCUGUUGGACCCACAGUCCGACACCUGUUUCGUGAAGGAUUCUGUGUUGCAGAGAAUGGGUGUGGAUGGUGAAGAAGUGGCUCUGGAAGUGAACACGAUGACCGGGAAGACUGUCUCCAAAAGUCAAGUCAUCAGGGGCUUCACCAUCCGAGAUCUCUCUGGAAGCCAGAAGAUAGAGUUGCCUCCCACAUACUCAAAGGAAGACAUCCCAGCCGAACGUCAGCUCAUUCCACGACGUGAGACUACAGCCGAGUGGACACAUCUACGUGAAGUCUCCCGAGAGCUGCCAGAGUAUCGUCCCGAGGCUGAGAUCGGUAUCCUCAUUGGUGUCAACUGCUCGAAGGCCCUGAAACCCCUUGAAGUGAUCACAGGUGGAGACGACGAGCCGUGGGCGAUUCGUACGAGCCUAGGCUGGAGUGUGGUUGGCUACAUGGGAGAGGCCGAGGAAACUGACGGACAAGAAGACUCUGCGUGCCUCUUCAUCUCGACAGAAGCAGGCCCAAAGAGGAUUCAACACUACGCGUUCAGAGUGAGAGCCAGAGAACUACAUCCAGAGCAAGUCGCUAGAAUGUUGGACUCUGACUUUGACCCACAGAGAGACAAGGGCAAAGCGAUGUCUCAAGACGACAAGCAGUUCCUGAUGAUAAUGGAAGACAGUAUGCACCAGCUCGCAGAUGGUCGUUUUGAGGCUCCACUUCCGCUGCGUGAGCCAAACACCAAACUGCCGGACAACAUUGAACAAGCUCAGGGCCGUCUGCAGUCCCUAAGCAGGAAGUUCAAGAAGGAUUCUGACUACAAGGACCUGUACGUCAGAGCUAUGGAAGAGAUGCUGGCCAAAGGGUACGCCGAGCCCGUCCCUGAUGAAGAAAUCGAGGCCAGCAACGGACGUGUGUGGUACGUUCCCCACCAUGGCGUCAUCGAAAGGAAGAAAAACAAGGUCAGAGUGGUAUUCGACUGCAGUACCGAGUACCGUGGACGAUGCCUCAAUCGGGAACUGUUGCAGGGACCUGACUUCUCCAACAACCUGGUAGGCAUUCUGACGCGGUUCAGAAAGGAGAAGAUCGCGCUGACAUGUGACAUUGAGGCGAUGUUCAACCGAGUCGUGGUUACACCGCCGGACAGAAACCUACUGAGAUUCUUGUGGUGGCCGGGAGGUGACGUGGAAGAGGAGCCUGUCUUGUACAGAAUGACCACGCAUCUCUUCGGAGCCAUCUCGUCGCCUGCGUGCGCCAUGCACGCUCUGAACCUGACAGCAGAGCUGUACGCGUCGAGACACGGAGAGGAAGCAGCCGCCUUCGUGAAACGCGACUUCUAUGUCGAUGAUGGGCUAGCUUCAACGCCUCGAGCAAGUACGGCCAUCUCGCUCAUCGAGAACACGACGAAACUCUGCGCUGAAGGCGGAUUUAAGCUUGGAAAGUUCGCCAGCAAUGACUCUGCAGUUCUGGGAACCAUCCCGAUCUACUCCAGGUCCAAGACGCUGCAGAAUGUGGACCUCUUGAAGCACAAGACUGAGCUCUGUGAGCAGGCACUAGGAGUAAGGUGGGAUCUGUUCUCUGAUACGAUCCUGUUCAACAUCGACAUCCCUGAAAAACCGCUGACCAGGCGAGGCAUACUUUCAGGUGUCAGCUCUGUUUUCGAUCCGCUGGGGCUGAUCUCGCCGAUCACGCUUCGUGGAAAGAUGAUCAUCAAGGAGCUGUGUGGCCAAGACUGCACAUGGGACGACCCAGUUCCCGAGGAGCUGGGCCUUGAAUGGCUUACCUGGAGGAAGGAGCUGCUGAACCUCUCGGCUCUGAGGCUCCCGAGGCAGUAUGGAGCCAACAUGCGACCGAGCAGCGGCACGACCAGAUACGAGUUGCAUCACUUUUCCGACGCCUCCAUGUGUGGAUAUGGUGCAUGCAGCUACCUACGAGCUAUCCGAGACGAUGAGGUAACCUGCGACCUGGUGAUGGCCAAGUCGAGAGUGACGCCGAAGAAAGUCAUCACUGUCCCUCGCCUGGAGCUCGCGGCGGCAGUGCUGGCUGCUGAGCUCGGUGAGUUCCUGGGACACGAACUGAGCAUCCCUGCGUUGGAACAACACUACUGGUGCGAUAGCCGAGUUGUACUGGGAUAUAUACGGAACAGUUCUCGUAGGUUUCACGUAUAUGUUGCUAACCGUGUGCAGCUGAUCAACAACCACACGACCCCCGAUCAGUGGCACUUCAUCUCUUCAGCUGAUAACCCUGCUGAUGUGACUUCUCGCGGCAGUUGUGUGCGAGAACUUGUUGACAAUCAUCUCUGGUGGCAUGGACCAGCAUUCCUCUCCCUCUCAACAGAUCUACCGCUGGUGGACAACGAAGAAGUGGUAGAUGAGCGAGACCCAGAGGUGAAGAAAGCAGCUGCACUAAUGACCAAGAGCAGCACAUCCGCAGCAGUGUAUCCUACUCUGCUGGAACGACUGGAGCGAUUUUCCUCGUGGUUCACCGCGAAGAAAGCAGUGGCAAACUGCUUGCGGUACAUGAGGAAGCUGCAAGAAGCGAGCAAGAAGCGUCGUGCUGAUAACAGUGAAGGAACUCGGACGCAGGAUGAACUGCAAGUACAAGACCUCAAGGAGGCUGAAGUAAUCAUCUUGAGGUCGCUGCAGAAAGAGACAUUCAAGAACGAGAUGGUUUUUGUCCGAGAGCAGUGUCACGAUGGAAGUGAAACACUCGAGAAGUCGAAGGACAACACGGAAGAUGAUUUGUCCAGCUGUCAGCUGAAAGAACAGAAGAGGAACAGCUCACUGAGAAAACUGGACCCGGUUAUGAGACACAAUGGCCUCCUCUGUGUCGGAGGUAGGAUCAGGCGGGCCAGCCUGCCUCAAGAGGUCACAAACCCGGUGAUCUUACCCAAGAGCAGUCAUGUGACGACUCUCAUCAUUCGUCAGUGUCAUGAGAAGACAGGUCACUCUGGAAGAGAAAUGACGCUGGGUGAGAUCAGACAGCAAGGCUACUGGGUCAUACACGGACGAUCAGCGGUCUCGAGCUACGUUCUGCGCUGCGUGCUCUGCAGAAGACUGCGUGGCUCAGCCUGUGGACAAAAGAUGGCUGAUCUCCCGUCCGAACGGCUGGAGCCGUCCGCUCCCUUCACGUUUUGUGGUGUGGACUGUUUCGGCCCCUCCUUUGUGAAGGAGCGUCGAAGUGAGGUGAAACGGUGGGGACUUAUCUUCACCUGCCUGAGUUCUAGAGCGGUGCAUCUGGAGACGCUCAACUCUAUGUCAACCGACUCAUUUCUCAAUGCGUACAGGAGAUUUGUUUGUAGAAGGGGACCUGUACAGCGACUAUACUGCGACAACGGCAGCAACUUUGUCGGUGGACAGAGUGCUUUGAAAGCUGCACUGAAGGAGAUGAAAUCAGAGGUCACAGAAGCUUUGCUGAAGGACCAGUGUGAUUGGAUCGAGUUCUCAUUCAAUCCCCCUCAUGCCAGUCAUAUGGGCGGGAUAUGGGAGAGAAUGAUCCGCUGUGCCAGAUCAGCACUGACCAGCCUUCUGGUCACCAACGGACAGCAGCUGGACGACGAGCUGCUUCGGACCAUGAUGUGUGAGGUAGAGGACAUAGUCAAUAGCCGUCCCAUCUCUGUAGUUGAUAUGUCUGACACUAACAAACUCGAACCUCUCAGCCCCAGCCUCCUCCUUACACAGAAAAGUAGAAUAGUUCUUCCCUUUCCUGGUAGGUUCUCUUCGCCGGACCUGUACGCCCGCCAGCGGUGGAGGCGCAUCCAACACCUGGCGAACGACUUCUGGGCCCGCUGGAGGAGGGAGAUCGUCUACGCUGCACAAGAGAGACGCAAAUGGACGAGGGUUGUGCAGAACAUCGAGGUCGACGACAUCGUUCUCGUCGUGGACGACGAGCGCCCGCGCUCGGAGUGGCCGUUGGCGCGUGUUGUCGCUACGCACCCGAGCGGCGAUCACCUUGUGCGGAAGGUUCGCGUGCUCCUGGGCGGCUCCGAGUACGAGAGGCCGGUGCACCGCCUUGUGCUUCUCCUGCGGAGGGACUGUACGUGAUUCCCCGUCGAGGAAGCCUGAUGUGGAUUGGUCAGGUCGACCAAUCGAAGCACAAAGUGCUCAGUGAUCUGCUACGGACUAUAUUGAUCAGUGAGUGGGAUGAUCAGUGAGCGAUCAGUGAGUGCGCGUGCAAAACUGAACUCGCCAGAGGAGCGUGACGAUGUGUUGGGUGUUACGGUGUUACGAUGUGAUCUCGCGUCGAGAUUUAGAGGAAGUGCAAAUUUUGUUCAAAUUUGGGGGAGCCAUGUUCCCGCAUUACAAUUUGCUUGCGGGUUUCCCCAGGAAUAGCGCGGCGAACGCGGCCCUUGAUUUGUUUGCGUGGCGCACUGCGCAUCGUGGCCAGUGAUUCGGCGCUGAGAUAUCUGACACGUGGGCUAUGCCAAAGGAAGGAGAGAGUAGGUGACAGAAUAGAUGAUAUUUAUGAUUAUGUUAUUAUCCAAAUGAUUUGCCAAUAUGUUACUGACUUGUUACGUUACUGAUUUAACCAUUUAUUUGCUUUAUUUCUCAUAAUUUUGGCUGUGAUAAUCUAUGCUUUAUAUGAAUGAGCGUCAUAUUUGUAUCAAUUAUCGUUUUUAUGGACUGAUUGUUAUUUAUGUGUAUUUUUCAGUUAUUACGUACAUCAAAGAGGCGACAAUAGAUAAAUCCUAUCAAA